AAUUGAUUAUUUCUUCAUCCAGUAUGAUAAUGCUUCAGCCAAUGUUGGUGCUAGAGAUGAUUUGGACAGCUUUUUGCUAUUUCCAUUUCCGAGUGUCACAGACUCCCCAACACGUUAUUCUAAAUUUCGGAGAACGUGCAACAAUCACCUGUGCGUUCAACAUUCCACCUGAUGAUUCCGAGGUCGAUGUCUUGUGGUGGAAAUUGGGUGAUAAUACAUUUCUGCAUCCAACCUCCGACGCUAGGAAACGGCAUUUUAAGAGAAAGGGUCAGGGCACCUUACAGCUGCUUGACGUCCAUCUUGAAGAUGCUGGAGUUUAUUACUGCGGAGUCAGUCAGAAUAGAGCAACGAUCAGCAACGGGACUGGAACAAGACUUGUUGUCCACAGUCCACCAUCUACCCCGACGAUACUUUCCAAAAUGCCUGAUAGAAGUUCAGACAUCGAUGUACACCUCGUGUGUGAAACAGAUGACUUUUACCCAGAGGGGAUUACAUUCAACUGGUACAAAAAUUCAAGCAAGAUAGCCACCGGGAUAAAAUCUACAGAGUACUUGACCGAUGCGGGGCUUUACCGAGCUUCCAGUACGCUACAGGAAUCACAGCCAGUCCGGAAAGGCAACGCUUAUAUUUGCUUGGUAUCUCACAGCACCCUCCAAAGUCCGAAAUUAUCUGUUUAUUUGGUGUCUAGAUUUAAUUCAGGUAUCGGCAUUAAUUUUGAUAUUUUGGCGAUUGGGUGCACAAUCAGCGGACUCAUCUGUCUAGUGCUGGGGGCAGUCAUUGGAAAGCGAUGCAAGGCACGUUCAUGCAAAGGGCCAAAUCAAGAUACAGCUCGACAUUGUGAAGAAACGAUGCUGGAAAUGACUGAAGACAACAACGUGGGUUAUGCAGCUCUCACUUUGUUUAGUUCAGAAAAAAGACGGACGCACAGGCAACAGGAAGACUGUACACAGUAUGCUGCAAUUAAGACAGGCAUGGAUAGAUCGCGAGAUUUAUCCAAAAAGACUUAAAGCCAAAUGAUUUGUGAUUCCAUCAUAUUAAUGUUAAUGCUUGUAGAAUCCUGAAGUGUAUUAACUAGAAUUCUAGCAUGGACUGAACCCAAUGUCAGCAAAGUAUGAGAAACAGUGUUGUCUUCCCUUUUAUCAAUCUGUUAAAGCAUGUACUGAUGAGAAUAUUGUUGACUCCCUUACAAUGUACAGUGAGUUGAAACUGAAUUCUGUGUAUUUCUAUAUCAGUUGACCAAAGCAAGGUCACAAGUAUUCUGAAGAACUGAUACUUCAAGGGAUCAUGUUGUAAACUUGGGUGCAGUGUGAUCAUAUAUUAUCCUAUCAGAGAGUGGGCAUUAGGUUUUUGUUCAGCAUUCUUCAUUUGUUGUGUUUUAUUUAUCUUAACAUAUCUCAUAAA